AUGGCUCGGUCUUGGCUGGCUGCUAGUUUUCUUGCCUUGGCGCGGCUAUCGGCCGCCCUCGGACCGCAACUCGGCUUGCCUGAAAUGUGGCAGGAGUUUAGUCGCCAAUCUGAGCUUGAAGCCAUCGUCAAAACAGCUUCAACAUCAGGUGUCUUCCGAUUGUUGGCAAGCGACUCUGCACCAGUCGCACCAGAUCCCGCUACCCUCUACCAGGCAUACAACUUCUCUGUUCCUAUUGACCACUUCCAUAACGAUUCCAUCUAUGAACCACACUCGAACGGGACGUUCCCCCUCCGCUACUGGUACGAUGAUCGGUUCUAUAAGCCCGGCGGUCCGGUUAUAGCCCUUGCAGCGGGCGAAACUAGUGGUAACGGUCGCUUGCCCUUUUUACAGAAGGGAAUAGUUGCCAUCUUGGCUGAAGCGACCAACGGAGUCGGCAUCAUCUUAGAGCACCGAUACUACGGCAGAAGCUACCCCACACCGGACUUCAGUACAAAGAACCUCCGAUUUCUGACCACCGACCAGGCAUUGGCUGAUACUGCUUACUUUGCACAGCAUGUCGUCUUCCCUGGUAAACUUGCUACGCUCAACCUGACGGCUCCCGGGACACCGUGGAUCAUGUACGGGGGAUCGUACGCUGGCGCGUUCGUCGCAUUCCUCCGCAAGGUGUACCCUGAUGUAUUUUGGGGUGCUAUCUCAUCAUCCGGUGUGACUGCCGCUGUCGUUGACUUUUGGGAGUAUUAUGAAGCCGCGAGGCUCUAUGCUCCCGAGGGUUGCGCGGAAACUACGCAGAAGUUGACCCACGUUGUUGACAACAUUCUGCUGCAGAAAGGCAACGCCACGGAGGACGACGUAAGAACCCUACAGACUGCCUUUGGUCUCCAAAACGUCACCAAGAAGGUUGAUUUUGCAAGCACCAUACGAGGAGGCAUUGCAGGCCUACAAAGCCGUAACUGGGAUCCGGCGCUUGACAAUCGUGCUUUCUUACGCUACUGUGGUAACAUGACAUCCGACGAAGUUAUCUGGCCUGCGACGGAGAAAUUAGACCCUACACUCCGCUAUCUACUGGAAGCUGGCGGCUACGAGACCGAGAUAGAGGAGUUGAUUCCGCGCUUCAAAAACUACAUCGGUUACGUCAAUUUCACCAGAGUAUCUACCUGCAGACAAACUCAAGACGAAUGCUUCGGGUCCGGAAACGAUGAAGACUAUGUCGGUGAUGACCUCAAUGAAUCUUGGCGCCUUUGGCCUUAUCAGUAUUGCUCGCAAUGGGGCUAUCUUCAAACAGGAUCGGGGGUGCCAGACAACCAAUUAGGAUUGAUCUCGCGAUUGAUAGACAUUGAUUUCACCACCGAAAUCUGUCGUCGGGCAUUUAACAUCACCACACCGCCGGAUGUCGGCGCCAUCAAUAAGUACGGUGGUUACAACUUUAGCUACCCGCGCGUUGCCAUCAUCGAUGGAGAGGCGGAUCCAUGGCGUGCCGCAACUCCUAACAAGAUCGGACUACCAAGGCCUGAGUCAACCAUCAACGAGCCCAACCUUGUCAUCUCAGGCGGCGCGGUUCAUCACUGGGACGAAAACGGCCUUUUCAAAAACGAAACAACUGCUGAGCUACCGCCACUGCCAGUGAAGAAGGCUCAGGAUUUUGAGGUGGAAUUCGUACAAGCCUGGCUGAAGGAGUGGAAGGAAACGCACAACUGA